CACGAGUAUUAUGAUUUUGCUAAAUGUCAUUUCCCAGUCCUAAUAAAGCGACAAGAAUGCUUACUAACUCGAGCAUUAGUUCUCAAGGCAGCCCUAAAUAUGCUGCCGAAUCUCUUAAUGCUUGUCUAAACGAUGAAUGUUUUGAUUCUAAUAAUAAAUCCACGGUAGCGCCUAAAGCUUUAGAAUCUACAUUCUUUGACAUUAAUUCCAUUAAAAGCUAUUUGGAGACGAAGUGUGGCGCUGUAUCUGAAUAUUUAUUGAGCAUUGAUGGUAGUACAAAAUGUAUAUUUUUUCAAGAUUUAUUUAUGAAAGACAUAUUCAACUUUUUUCCAGAUAGAUUAUGCAUUGAUCUUUCUUACAAAUUUUUCCAAACUAAUAUUUUCAUGUACUUAUUUUUAUGCGAUGAUUCAAAUGGUAAAAACUUUAUUGUAUCUCUUGGCUUCUCACAAGUAGAUGAUCCUGAAUGUACUGCUUGGUUAUAUAGUACAUUUAAAAGACAUAAUCCGAAUUGGCGGCGAACAAAAUUAAUACUUGCUGAUCCUAAGCUUAAGUAUCGAGAUGUUGUAAGAACUUGUUUCCCUAGCCCAUAUAUAUUAAUAUGUUUCUACCAUGCUGUUAAAACAUUUAAAAAAGCAAUUGACACUAUACAGGGUUUCUCAUCCGAUGAACAUAAACAGUAUACAUUGGAGUUAUUUAAAAAUAUGUAUCUUGCUCAUACUCAUGCUGAAUAUGAAGUGCACUAUCAACAGUUCCUUGCAUUACACAGUGAAGUUGUGGCAUAUUUUCAGGAAUUUUGGAUACCUCUACAGUACCAGUGGAGAACUGGACUCGAUUAUUAUCAUGAAGAUAUAUUUUUUCGUUUUAACCAGUACUUAGAAAAACUAGAUAAUUCUAUUAAGCCAUUUUUUCUGAAAAGUGAUAAUUUGUGUGAAUUUAUCAAGAAAUUAUUUAUUAUUAUAAAUUUAAUCAGGAAGGAAACAUCAAGUAUUGCUAUCAAUAGUUCACCAAAUUUGUACUCUCGGUUUUCCCCAGAAUUUCAAAUAUCAAAAGUGCUUACUCCUUUUGCUGCUAAAUUUGUAAUUGAGCAGUUAAAUCUCUCUUCAGAAAUUAAUAUGGAGUAUGGUGUAUUAGCUGAUAGUUAUUUUUUUGAUUAUUUGGGUACUUCUGUGACAGCAUCUUCAUCUAUAUGUUCAUGUCAAUUUUAUAUGUUUACCUUGUUACCAUGUCGUCAUAUUUUUGCAGUGAGAAAAGUUCUUUCACUCUGCGUAUUUGAUGAAGCUUUAAGUGAUUAUUUCUGGAAUGUUAAAUUUUAUCAGAAUACAUUAACAUGUAUGCAAACUCUUUCUAAUAAUUCAACUCUAGAGAUGUUUUCCAAUCCUCUUUCUAAACAAGUUUUGACAUCAAAUACAGUAGAAGAAAUUUUACCGGUAUUACUUGACUGCCCCAAAUCUAUUUUUGAGUCUAGGUAUGAAGUUUUAAGACAAAUUGUAAGUUCUUGGAAAAAAGAAGAGGAUGUUGUCUUGCAGUUUACUGGAGUUGAAUUAUAUACUCAGAAUAAUAAUUCACAAGAUAUAUUUUCUAAUGAGUCGCCUAAAAUUGAUAAAUCUGAAAUAAAACCCACAAACAUACCGAAAAAAAUGAAAUAUAUCAAAGAAAAACCAAAAAGAAAGCAUUCUCCUGUGCCCGACAUAGUUGCUGAAUCCAGCAAAUGGAAUUUCAAAAGCCAGAUUUUAAAUGGAAAAUUCAUAAAUUAUGCCUACUUAUGUAGAGUAAUUUGCAACACAAAAGAAGAUUGUGUGGAUUGGUUAAAAGAAAUGGAUCUUAUAGUAAAAACUAUGGUAUGUCCAACAUGUGGUUUUGAAAUGAAAAUCAAGAAGAUGCCUCGACUAUCAGAUGGAGCUAUCUGGUUCUGUUCCAAUGUUACCACUGUUAAAAGAAAAUCCUGCUCGAAACGAUGUUCUAUUAGGCGUGGCUCAUGGUUUGAAUUAACAAAUAUUACAUUAGAACAAAUCCUUGCAUUCUGCUACAUGUGGAUUAAUGGAUUUAGUCAGGAUCAGAUUAUUUCAGAGUCUGGUAUUUCUGCUGCUGCUUAUGUAUGGCUAAAUAAGUUUUGUACAAGAGUUUGUAAAGAGAUAUUGUUUGAUGACAAAAGUGACAAUAAAAUGGAACAAUUAAGCAGUGCUCAAAUUUUGGAUGCUUGGUUAAACAGUUGUGGAGAUGAAGACUCAUUUGUACGGCUUCUAAAAAAUGCAGCUGUUAUUCACCAACAGGACAAUACUAAACAUUCCAUUCCAUAGAAGAAUUUUGAUUCCUUUGUUAUCCUGCAUUCUUCCAUGAUAAAGUUUUUUGAGGAGAGACAAAAUCUGUGAUAUCAUUGAUUAUAUUUUUCAUUUUACAACCAGUGAGUUAGUUUUCCAGCAUAUUGUUAAGUUUUGUUUGAAACAGUUUUGACAAAGAGUAUGCUUGUUAUAUUUAUAUAUUUAAAAAUAUUUCUGUGAUAGUUUAUCAACAGUUUUUUAAAAUUAAAAAAAUCGUAUGAAUGCAUUUCAUUUACUUUCACUCAAGGAGCAAAAUAAACUUUAAAUACAUAACUUAGUCUUUUCUUUAGAAAUGUAUGUCAAAUACAUAUGACUUUCUUUUGAUAUUAUGGUUUUACUAUGCAUUAGAUAUAAAUGAAACAGUGCU